AUGGCUGGUGGUCAGGCUGAAAAGGACUCCGGAAAGGCCAAGACAAAGGCGGUUUCCUGCUCCUGGCAGCAAGCUGGCUUGCAGUUACCUGUGGUCAGUAUUCAUCACCAUCUGAAAUCUAGAACAACCAGCCGCGGACAUGCGGGCACGGCCGUAGCUGUGUGCAUUGCAGCCAUCCUGGAGUACCUCACCGCAAAGAUAUACAUUCCUAAAUACAACCUGUGCAGUGACUACAUGGCAUUUGAUAACAAACUGAAAAUUGUAAGAAAAACUCAUCAGGCCAUGAUACUUCUGAAAGGAUUAACUUCCUACAGAGGACACCCUCACUACGAGUGCAUGACAGUGGCUUUUUCAUCUUUCCUUCAGUGUAAAAAGAUACCUUUCAGUACCAUAAAUGAUAGUAGUGGGGUAAAGCUUCUAUUUAGUCACCAGCUUCACUUCUCUGUGAUCAAUGACUAA